AUGUCGGACUGGGAGGAAGAAUAUAGUGCUACAGAAAUACAACAGCCGAAAAAAACCCAAGCCGGUACCCCGUGGGUGCCACAGGGGAGGCAGCGGUAUUCUACUCAGGGAACAAUUGAAGAAACGCACAGGGGGAGCGGAUCAAGGGCCCAAGGCUGGCAAGGGAGAGGUGGCUGGUCGCACCGUCCUGAUGAAAGCUCCUGGCGGGAUGUAGAGCAGCCCAGAGAACACCGAGCUAACAGCAGCAGUGGGUGGACUAGGGAGUUCCGAAGCCGUGAUUACAGCCGGGAUCCGACAAACUGCCCCAUGAGUUUUCGCUUGGAUAGUUCACUUAUCGGAAUGGUGAUUGGACGUGGAGGAUCUAAAAUAAAGGAGCUUGAAGAAUUGUCUGGAGCAAGGAUAAAAAUUGUCAAAGAAGACAAUGAUUCAGAGGUAAAGAUUUUCGGAAGCAAUGAACAGCAGGAUAAAGCCAAAGGUUUAAUAAAUGGCAUAAUUGAAAGACAACAAAAAGGUACAGACUUUGAAUAUAAGAACAACCGCUCCAAUGAUCCUCCAAAUAUGGGCACUUCUGUAAGUGUUUCAGGGAAACCUAUGAUCGACUGGACCUCUCUUCGUGAAAAUAAAGAGAAAUAUGAAGCCAUAAAGUGGGCAGACAUGCCACCUAUUGCAAAAGCCUUCUACAAAGAAUCCCCAACCAUCACAUCAUGGGCCCAAGUUGAAGUGAAGAAGUGGAGAAAAGAAAACAAUAAUAUUAUUUGUGAUGAUUUAAAAGAAGAUGGCAAACGACCAAUACCUAACCCUGUUCAGAAUUUUCAAGAUGCGUUUUACCCAUUCCCUGAAGUGAUGUCUGCGUUAAAGAUAGCUGGAUUUGAAAAACCUACUCCAAUUCAGUCACAGGCUUGGCCAAUUAUCCUUCAAGGAAUUGAUCUAAUUGGGAUUGCACAAACGGGCACUGGAAAAACCCUGGCAUACUUGCUGCCGGGCUUCAUUCAUUUGGACCUCCAACCAAUCCCUAGAAAUCAGCGUGAUGGUCCUGGUAUGUUGGUCCUUGCUCCAACUCGUGAAUUAGCUCUUCAAGUACAGGCAGAAUGCUCAAAGUACAAGUACAAAGGUUUUGAAAGCAUGUGUGUAUAUGGUGGUGGUGAUCGCAAAAGCCAAAUAAAUGUGGUUACUAAAGGCGUGGACAUUAUCAUUGCUACCCCUGGCAGAUUACAUGAUCUUCAGAUGAACAACUUUGUUAAUCUAAGAAGUAUAACAUACCUGGUUUUAGAUGAAGCUGACAGAAUGCUAGACAUGGGCUUUGAACCGCAGAUUAUGAAGAUACUAAUUGAUAUAAGACCUGAUAGGCAGACAGUAAUGACAAGUGCCACCUGGCCAGAUGGCGUACGUCGGCUUUCCAAAUCUUACUUGAAAGAUCCAAUGAUGGUGUAUGUGGGAACUCUUGAUUUAGCUGCUGUCAAUACUGUACAGCAACAAGUGUUGGUUAUCCCAGAAGAAGAAAAGCGAGCUUUCACUCUGCACUUCAUUGAUUCGUUAAAACCUGAUGAUAAGGUCAUAAUAUUUGUUGGGAAGAAAUUGAUUGCUGAUGAUUUGUCAAGUGACUUCAGUCUUCAAGGCAUUCCUGUCCAAUGUCUGCAUGGCAACAGAGAGCAAUGUGACCGGGAACAAGCCUUGGAUGACUUCAAAAAGGGGAAAGUGAGAAUUCUAGUAGCUACUGAUUUAGCGUCACGUGGCCUAGAUGUCCAUGAUGUUACACAUGUUUUUAACUUUGACUUUCCUCGUAAUAUUGAAGAGUAUGUACAUAGGGUUGGCCGGACUGGAAGAGCUGGGCGUACAGGUGAAUCUAUUACUCUGGUUACUAGGAAGGACUGGAGGGUUUCUGCAGAACUUAUAAAUAUCUUGGAGCGAGCUAAUCAAGAGGUUCCACCAGAACUUAUGGAAAUGGCAGGACGAUAUGAAGAAUUUAAAAAAAAGAAAGACGGUGAAAGAGACAUGGUUCCCCGAAAAGGGAGAUGGCGUAAUGAUCAUUAAUUUUCAUGUAUGUAUAUUUCCAUUUGUUUCUUGCUUGACGUUUUAGAAGUGAAAUUUUGCUUAAGAAACCUUGAUAUUAUUCAUUUUGUUCUCA